UCCUGGCUGCCUCCUGUGCCGCCCUCGGGGCAGGAUUCUGCUCUUCCUCCACCCCCUGCCGGCCUCCUCCAUGGCUAAAAAGCAAAGCAGCAGAGAGCCCUCAGCUGUUGUCUUCGAUGUGCAGUCCAAGGCAGUGCUGGCCCCGGGAGGGAGCUUUGAGAACAUGAAGGAGAAGAUCGGAGCGGUCAGAGCCAUCGUCCCCAACCGCAGCAACACUGAGAUCGUGCUGGUGCUGCAGCACUUCGACAACUGCGUGGCCAGGACGGUGCAGGCCUUCAUGGAAGGCAAUGCCAGCGAGGUGCUGAAGGAGUGGACGGUGACAGGCAGGAAGAAGAACAAGAAGAAGAAGAGCAAGGCCAAGGCAGCAGCAGAGGGCAGCAGGGGCUCCAAGCAGCCAGGGAAGAGCAGCCAGGAGGGGCUGGGGGGGGCCCAGGAGGAGAGGGUUGGCCUCAAUGGCUUCCAUCUCAAUGGCUGUGCCCAGGACACUGAGUCCAUGGAGUCCCUCAGUGAAGGCCUGGAUGCCCUCUCCAUCGAUGCCAGGGAGCUGGAGGAGGGAGAGCUGCCAGCUAGCCCUCCCUGCCGCCGGCCGCAGCCCCGCGGCGCCCCCCGGCCGCCGCCCGGCCCCGCCCCGGCCCUGCCCCCGGCCGCCGCCCCCGGCCCUGCCGCCAGGAAGCUUGGCUGCAGCAUCGAGCGCUCGGUCAAGGACCUGCAGCGCUGUGCGGUGUCCCUGGCGCGGCUCCGGGCACUGCUCCGGGAGGAGGUGGAGGCCUCCCUCAGGAGGAUGAAGAAGGCCUUUGCCGAGCUGCAGAGCAGCCUGAUGGACAGGGAGGUCACCUUGCUGGCUGAGAUGGACAAGGUCAAGGCAGAAGCAAUGGAGAUCCUGGGGAGCAGGCAGAAGAAAGCAGAGGCCCUCAAGAAGCUGACAGAGGUGGCUGGGAGGAUGGCAGAGGAGCAGCUGGUGGAGCUCAGAGCUGAUAUCAAGCAUUUUGUGAGUGAGAGGAAGUACGAUGAGGAGCUGAGCAGGGUGGCCAAGUUCAGCUGCGAGCUGGAGGGGCUGAAGAGAAGCAUCGCAGCCUUCGGGCAGGUCUCCCACCCCAGGAGCAGCUACUCCAACCGCAGCCCCGCAGCCCCCCCGGCCCCCCCCAGCGCCCCCCCCGCAGCCUCCCCCCCGGCCUCCACUGCUGCCUGCAGCAAGAAGCCUUCGGCCUCCCUGGAGGCCUCCACCCAGCCAGAGGGCAGCAGGAGGCCAGCAGCAGCCCCCCGGGGGCAGCCCCAGCGCCCCCCCGGGGGCAGGCCCAGGCCAGGGCCGGGCCCCAGCGGCAGCCGGCAGCAGAGCCCCCCCCCGGCCACGCCCCCCGCGGAGCCCCCUCCCCCGGGGACCCCUCCCCAGCCCCAGGCCCCCGGCCCCCGCGGCGGCCCAGGGCCAGUCGGCAGGAGGGAGCCAGCUGCUGAGAGCCCCCCCGGGGCUCUGGGACCCCCCCCCAAAACCAGGGGACCCCCCCCCGGAGUGUAG